CACAGUAUGCUACUAAUGUGAAAAGUAAGAAGAAUUCAGAAAACGUCACAAUAACAAAACAAAAAUAAAUGAAAAAUCUAUAAAAACGAGCAGAGCAAAGAAAAUUCUUUUUUUUGACGAUAAUUCAUUUAAUUUCAAAACAAUUAAGUUAAUUAAUUAUUAAAAUUAAAAAUGCCAUUGGACAGUAGUAGUACAAUGUCGGGCAAAUCAUCGAAAAUGUCGAAACGGACAUCAAGGCUGUCCAGCUUGAUCGAAGAUUCCUCAUCCGUUUCCAACGUAGCUGAUGCUCGAGCCCGACUUCAUUUACUGUUUUCGCAAAUCGAAAAAGAGUUCGAUCUGCUCUAUCUAGAAAAUAUUGCACUCCAAGAAAAACUGGAUUCGUUGAGUGGCAAUCAGCCGACGAGUGAACGAUAUCACCAAGAACUGUACGAAGCUGAUCCACAGACUAGCAAAAGUUUCAAAUCGAAAUUGGGAGCAGCGGGUAACAAAGUUAGUCAGUCAAAAGCUAGUCAUAAACUCCGGGCUCAGACCAGCCGCAUCGUGUCCAGCUUCAAAGCCCAACAAUCAGUUGUUAGUUCAAUUGUUAGGAAUUUUAGCGGUCAUAAGGAUGGCGUUUGGCAGGUCACAGCAAAGACGGGACAACCGAUUAUUGGAUCGGCUUCAGCUGAUCAUACCUGCUGUAUAUGGGGCGUGGAAAGCGGACGAUGUUUACUGCAAUAUCAAGGACAUUCGGGCUCUGUAAAUUCUAUAAAGUUUCAUCCGAAUAAGGAUCUCGUGUUAACGGCUAGUGGUGAUGGAUCGGCACAUAUAUGGCAGGGAGCCGUCAAUUGGGAAGUGCCUUCACGUAAAGGUAAUUCAUCGGAAGAAGAAUUGGACGAUGAAGAUGAUCCAGUUGACGAACGUGAACGUGUCGACGUUCUACGAACUCCUUUAUGUGAAUUUUCCGGUCCCAAUUCGCAUACAUCAGUCGUUGUGGCAGCGGAUUGGCUACCUGGCGGCGAUCAGAUCGUAACUGCCAGCUGGGACCGAUCCGCUAUUUUGUGGGAUGUUGAAACCAAGGAACCGGUACAGUCGUUAAACCAUGAUUGUGAAUUGACACACACAUCGUCCCAUCAGAGUCAACGGUUGGUAGUCACAGCAUCGCGUGAUUCAACAUUUCGGUUAUGGGAUUUUAGGGACGCAAUUCCUGCCGUUUCAGUAUUUCAAGGACACACAGAAAGUGUUACAUCUGCAGUAUUUACUCGUGAUGACAAAGUUGUGUCCGGCUCAGAUGAUCGGACCGUUAAAAUCUGGGAAUUGAGAAACAUGAGGUCAGCAUUGACGACAAUUCGUACAGAUUCGUCAGUAAACCGAUUAGCCGUAUCAAAUAAUGGCGUUAUUGCCAUUCCUCACGACAAUCGUCACAUUCGACUGUUCGAUCUGAAUGGUCAACGGGUUGCGCGGUUACCACGAACCAGCCGACAGGGUCACCGUCGCAUGGUUUCAUCCGUUGCUUGGAGUGAAGAUAUCGGUGCCACUUGCAAUUUAUUUUCGUGUGGCUUCGAUCGUGUGGUCCUUGGCUGGUCGAUCAGUUUACCGAAAGAGAAUUGAAUCGAAUGAAUUUGGUAAAA